AUGCCGAGAGGGAGCGUGAGUGGGAUUCCGACCGCAUCGCGAUCGCUGAGCGUGUCGUCGGAUUCCGAUGCUGUGGAAGAACCAGCUGUGUUGGAAGAAGCUCGCCAAGGAACUUCAGCAGCGGGCGAACCAGUGAACCCAAGGGGGAGGAACAGAAUUAGCUGGGUUCUCUCGAGGUCUUCUGAAUCAUCAAACUCUGCAGAUUCCGACAAUGAUAGUCCGCGCCCACGCCGCUGCGUACUUUCUAGUAGUUCUCGGGGGUUCUCAGGUGCGGAUAAGGCCAAUGGAGGCAGGAUCGCCUUCGCUAGUCGCAGACCUAUUCGCGUGUCCUUCAUGGAUGAAGGUUCUUUGCCGGCGAGCACCCAGUAUCGCAGCAGUGCAGACGUGUCACUUAGUGUCCAGUCUAAGGAAGCAGCCAGGAGACCGAAUGCAUCUCAGUUAGAUUUGAAGGCAAAUAUUGCCUGCCGUGCCCAGGCCGUUGCCAAUGUUAGCAGGAAUAUGGCGGCAAUGGCCGCCGAGAAGCGAGCUAUUGAUGAGACACAAAACCCGGCACUUGAUGCUAUGGAGUGCGAGGUCAAUGGGUUACACCGCCAGUUAAACGAAGUUAAAGAGUCAUUCCGCAAGCGCUGUUUGAAUAUUCUCAACUCUCUGGUCGGCAGGAAGUGGACAAUCGAUACUAGCGACUCUUUGGCAAAGCGAAUGCUGCGGCCUUCUAAGUGGACAGCGAAGAGCCAGGUUCAAAUGGAGGCUGAAGAAGGACAGGGGGAGUCACAGCAGUGGUUCGGGCCGUCGGCAAAUGACGUUUUCGGAGAUUGCCUAGUGAUCGCAGAGAGGAAUCCAUAUCGCAUCGUUGGCGUUUUCGCCCGUAGGUAUCGGGACACAAGACAACGACUCCCUUACGUGGACGAUAUUUUCUGUUCCAAGAUUUUCCCUUGCAUCCAGCAAGAGCAGCAGACUGGCAGGCCGUUUGUGCUUAAAGUUCCCCCGGAGCUACCCAAGCCUAUCAAAGCGUUUCCAGACAGCAGAUCAAUGCAGCCAGCAAGUCAGAAGAGCCCCGUAGGUGGUGGGUGCGGUAGUCCAGUUGAGGAGACAACGAAGCCAUUAGUGUCCAGUUCGAGACUUGACAAUGCGUAUAAUGCCAGCGAGCAUCACUUCCGCAAAUCGUCCUUACCAGCUCCUUCACGGUCGUCAUGGAGCGUAGCACAAGUUUCAGUAGGUGACCGCACAGAUGCAUGCUGCACUACGCAGUGCACAACACCCUGUUCGCGAUACACUUGUGUUAUUCCCCCCGGUAAUUACGUGCAAAGCUCAGCACUUGAAAACUACCCAAAGGCCACCGUGGAGAACAACAACAUGCGAAUCCCCACUCGCCUAGCCGAUUACUUGGAAAGAAAUUGCGUUAGAGUCGAAAGACCAUCCUGGGACAGGCGUUUCAGGCGGAAGAAAGAGAUACGCCAUGCCAACCAUAGGCGAUCCCGAACAUCUGCACAGUCUGAUGACACAGAGUCAUCCUUGGAAGAGGAUGAAGAGUUCGAACACAGGGCUUCUGGGUUCAGUUCAUGUGAAAUCCCCAGCAUACUUCCCGACUCAGUAGCUACAGGGCUUCCCCAGUUCCUUAGGAGAGAACUCGGCAACCGUUGGCUGCCUACGCUUUUUGCCGAGGCAGAUGUCCGCGUUUCAGAGUAUUGGAAACUUGAAAAUAUGAGGAACAGGGAGAAGGCGGUGUGGGUCUAUCAAGGAAUACAAACUGAACCCAAACCCUAUCCAUGGGAGGAGGUGCCGCUGGAAGGGAAGCCACUCUCUCUUCAGGAGAUCGCACAACAACGCAGGGACGCGAGGUCCCGACGGCACCUCAGCCCCGAGGCCGAACGUUUGUUGAGAGGUGUCGGCCAAGGCAGUAACUUCAAUUGUGACGCAAACACUGCUCAGCGCCCUGCGGAAGACUGCACCAUCAUGAAUUUCAAGACUGCUCAAUUGCGCGGCCGGUCUCCAGGUGGAGGGGAAACCCCUGCCGAAGCUUCAUCAACAUGUGCAGUGGCAGUCCCAGGCACACGCGGUAUCCGCCGUGUACUCCCGUAUGUGCAAUCGGAGGCCAUAUACAUUAGAGAAACUAUUAGUACACGCGACAGUGCUGCCGCUCCCCUGCUCUGGUGGACUAUCAAACAGGACAUCUACCAGGCCGGCUAUUAG